GGUUGCCUAGGUACCGUAAAUGAACGAGUGUGUUUGACGUAAACAAAGCUGGUUUGUCAGCGGCUGGUUUGUCGCGUAUCUUGUUGACUUGUGAUCUGCCAAUUUCGCGCGAGAUGACAUCGCUCGAUUUGCGACAGCAGAAGCUGGAGCAGCAGAGACAGUUAAUUGCGCAAAAGAUGAAACAGAAAAGGCAAACUGGUGCAAGUGGAAUGGUCCAGGCAUCUAAUGUAUCCAGUGCACAACUUACGAGUCAUUCCAAUAGGUGGAUGAAUCCAAACAAGGAACUUCAUGCGUAUGAUGGCCCAUUACAAUAUACUAUGUCUCAAACAAAUACAGAUAUAGGCCCAUAUACAGAGAGAAAAACUAGUGAAGGGACAAUUAAUGCAGUGGUCAAUGAAAGAAGUCUAUAUGAAAGUUUUCAAAGUGUUGAUUGUGCUGACGAAGAAUCAUCACCCAUAGAAUUCCAUUCACCUUCAGAAUCUCUACCACGUUCCUCGCCCCUUCGAGUGGCACCAUCGGAAGGAACUAGUACUCUUAUUAAUAGAGAUGAUAAUUCUUCCAGUCCAGAAUUGGAAGGAAAUGUUGAAGGUAACAUUGAACAAUUCGUGUUACAACCAGCAAAUAAGAAAAUGUAUUAUAAAUGUCGAAUAACGCGCGAUCGAAAAGGAAUGGACCGUGGUCUUUACCCGACCUACUUCUUGCAUCUAGAACGUGAUUAUGGAAAAAAGAUCUUCCUAUUGGCUGGUCGAAAAAGGAAAAAAAGCGCAACAAGUAAUUAUUUAAUCUCAACCGAUCCUACGGAUCUUUCGAGAGGAGGGGAGUCUUACGUAGGUAAACUUCGAUCAAAUCUUUUGGGAACACAAUUCACAAUUUAUGACAAUGGAUACUCGCUGAUGAAGGAUGACAAACGCGACGAGCGUUUCAAUCCGCGGCAAGAAUUAGCCGCGGUAGUGUAUGACACAAACGUUUUAGGUUUUAAAGGGCCACGUAAAAUGACAGUCAUCAUACCAGGCAUGACGCCCGAUCAAAAGAGAGUGGAGAUAUGUCCGCGAGACGAAUCAGAAACUUUACUUGAACGUUGGAAAUCGAAACAUAUGGACAAUUUAAUAGAAUUACAUAAUAAAACUCCUGUGUGGAACGACGAGUCACAGUCUUAUGUGCUUAAUUUCCAUGGGCGGGUAACUCAAGCAUCUGUAAAAAAUUUUCAAGUUGUCCACGAUAGCGAUGUGAAAUAUGUUGUGAUGCAAUUCGGACGUGUUGCAGAAGAUGUUUUUACAAUGGAUUAUAGAUUUCCCCUUUGUACAGUCCAGGCAUUUGCCAUUGCUCUGAGUAGUUUCGACAGUAAAUUAGCGUGCGAAUAAAAGCGCGAUUGCGUCGAUGUCGUCGAUCGAAUGUAAACUAUCAGUUAAGUAUAUAUACUUGCCCGCACGAGUUAUAAUAGCAUUAUAAAUCAUUAGCAUUUUAAUGGACAAUCAAUAUAUUAGCAAUAAGUAUCAGUUUAUAGUAUUGAAUAAUAUCAGAAUAUGGUAUAUUGAAUCGUUUUAUAAAAACUCGAUUAUAUGAUAAAACGUGAAAUGAGAAUCACUGUAAAUGUGUGUUCACUUUUCAUAUAUUUCGUCUAG